GAUGGGCGGCAGGGAAAGGGAGGAGCCGUCGCCUCCCUCCUCCUGACCCGAGGCAGAGCAGGAAGAGGAGGGCGUCGCCAUCUAGAUCAGCCACCCCGGAGGAGUCUCCUCCACGGUCCGGCGACCAGGGAGGAGAGAAACUACCCCCCCUUGCAGGAUCGCAGGGGGCGCAGAUGAGCGGAGAUGGCUGCGGGUCUCUGGAUCGCUUUCCUGCCUCUGGCCCAACUCCUGCUGCUGGCGGCUGUGACCCUGCAGCGCUCAGGUGCCUAUGAAAUCUCCCUUGAACGUCUUGACAACACAUCAGUUAGGAUUAAACCUGGAACGCAAGGAAGGUGUGCACUGGUUGUAGGAGGAAACAAGUCUUAUUCCGAAAGGAAAAUAACCUCUGGGCAGUGGCUUCGUUUUGAUUUUGAUUGUGAAAGGCCGCAGAAUUAUUGGGAAUUGGUGAUUGAGAGGGACAUUGAUUGUAUGAGAGGACCAUGUCCCUUUGGAGAUGUUCUGCUUCUGCCUUCUGGGUUCCUGCCCUUUAACAAGACCUUCAUAUGGGACGUUAAAGCCAGAAGAUUAGAUGGGCUUGAACUGAAGUUCUCUCCGUUCUUAAGACAAGUUCUGCCUGGAGAGACUUGCCCCGACCAAGUUCUUUACAACAUCGGCACCCUUCUUAAUACGAACAGAGUCAACAUCGGAAACUUCUGUGCAAAUGGUACUGUGUCACGAAUCAAGGUGCAAGGGGGAGUUAUUAUGACCCUGAAGCUUCCAUGGAACUCUAAUGUUCAUGUCUCUGGCUUUAAGCUUGAAGGCAGGUCUUCCAUCCAAAGAUUGUGCAUUGUUGAAUCCACAUUUCAAACAGAAGGAGAAGCAACCUUGAUAUCUGCCAACUACCCGGUGGGGUUACCAGAAAACGAACUGGUGGCCUGGCAAUUUGUCAUUCCAUUCAACUUAAGAGCACGCAUCUCUAUCCUCAACUACACCACCGCAAAAUGUGAGCGGAACUUUCAGACAGUCGAGUACCAGUUACCCGGGCAGCACCCUCAAGAGCUGACACCGAAAGAGGGGCAGUCUGUCGUUCUUGCUGGUAAUUUCAACCUCUCCAUGCAAGGCUGUAAGCAAUAUCAGCAGAACGCUGGGGCCCACAAUUUGCAUUUUAAACUUUUUGUUCAGCGCCCUGAAAAUGAAGAGAACGUAACCUACAGAGUUGACCUCAUGAGAGAGAGGGACUUAAAUCUUACAAUAUUUUCGAAGCCAACACAGCCUGGAAGUUUAUGCUUGAUCUGUAUUAAUCGUAGUAAAAAAUGUGAGACCAACGUGACUUUAGUAUCCGGUUCCAGUUACACUAUCGCCUUACUGUGUAAAAAUACAGAGAAUGUGAGGGUAACGGCUGUGCAGUCUAAAGUCUGUUGGAAUUCCAAAGCCUGCCAGAUGAGACCCUUCCAUCUGCUCGUACCGCCGUUUCUUACUGGGCUGCCAAUCUUGCUUGACACGUUUACGUGGAAACUCCAGGCCCCGGCAGACACCCUCAUAGAAAUCAGGUCUCCAGCCUCGAAACUUAAGCAACAUAUCCCAAACCAGAAUCAAGUAUGCUCUGGGGGUUAUAGUUACUCCAUUAAUGGCAGCGCCCCAGAAAAGGCGUUGCGACUCGGUGUCUUCUGCCCUGGUGGAGCUAUUGAGAAAAUUCAGAUGAAAGACAACAUCACUGUAAUGCUUAAGACGUAUGGCAGAAGGUGGAUCAGUGAGACUCUGAAACCGAACCUCACGUUGUUUUUUAUGCCCGUUAUUCAAGAAGAGUGUGUAUUCAGCGUCACUCCAGAUCCGAAAACCGAAGUUUACCUGCAGACCCCUAACUGGCUGGAAGGUCUGCCUCCUUUCACGUCUGUGUAUUGGAACAUCACCGUCCCGGCAAAACAAGUUGCGCAGCUGUCGUUCCCAAAGGACCGUAUGGGUGUUACUUGUGUACAGAGCCGGGCGAACAUCUAUAUUCAGGAACAGAGACCGAAUGCGGAAGAAACCGUGCGCCGCGAAGAUCAGAAACUACCUAAAACUCUCGAUUUGAAGCAUCAUUUCUGGGUAAACAUCACUAACUGUAAGCCGGCGACCAAUCAACAACUGAGCAUGCAGUUCAGGGUGAAGUUUGUUCAGAAGAAAGCAGGUUUGGCAGUCAUAAUUGGCGUUGUGAUUGGCGGACUCGCACUGCUUUCAGCUAUCGGGCUUGCCAUAUUCUGCACUAAGAGGAAGAAAAAAAAACAGGAAAACCAGACUCCACCCAUAGGAGUGUAUAACGGUAACGUCAACACCCAGUUGCCUGGAAAGCAGGGCAUAUUCAAAAAGAGGAAAAAGAACGAGUCUCAUAUCUAUGCAGUUAUUGAUGACACCAUGGUUUAUGGGCACUUGCUGGACGACUCUAUGAAACCGGAAAAUGCCGAAAUAGGCGUGUACCAGCCUUUUACCGGGCCAGUGAGUACGGCCCCUUCCCCGCCUCCGAUCAGGAAAAUAUCCAAAGUGCCCAGCAUGGAGGAAUCCUCUUUCACGAUAUUGACUGACAGUGAGAUCUAUACCUUUGCACAACGCAAACCGGAAGAACUCCAGGCCAAUGGUGACGUGACUUCGAGUGGUAAUGGAGAUGUCGGCAAGUCCUUGCUUGAGGAAAACGAACAGGAAAAUUCAGAGCUCUAAUGUUUAUGCGACGGUUCAGAUAAGAAACGAAAUCUUGCACCCAUUUUCCCGUGAUUUACCUUUUUCAAAAAUAAUAAUGAUGAAAACAAAAUACUUUGGUUGCUGCAGCUCUGUUCCGGUUUUCGAAUGAACAUGCUCAGACAGUGUAUUUGCGUAGCAUGUUUUGCAGGGAUACAAGUAACUUUGAACAUGGAAAAGGACAGCGAGGCUGUAUUUUCAGUCGUCGUAAUAGCAGACCUGUGUUUUUUAAAAGGCAAGAAGAGAUUGGAGCUUAAACGAAGCUGGAGAACUAGGUUGCCAAAAAUAUCUUCCUGUGUUUCUUGUGAAGAUUUCAGCCAUACUACAGAAUAAAAAAUGCGGGUGUGCAGAAUGGCAUAGUCUGAAGAUGGUUUUUUCACACAGUAGCCUUGUCAUAGGAAUAUGACUUUUAUUAUUCACGUGGAUUCUCUUCCUUGGAUGGGACGAGGAUUACACCAGUCCUUGAACGGACAAUGCCUACAACAACUGAACAGCAAAAGUUAUUGUGCUGUUUGUGAAAAAGUAUUCCCCUUCUCUUUUCAAUCAGUUGUAUGGUGUGUGUAUGUAUAUAUAGUUCAGGACAUUUCAUUUUCUUUCCUUUUUCAUCUAUAAUUUUGUUGUGAUUGUCCUCCAGUGGUGUUUUUAAAACUAAGACCAGUGUGUCGUCCAGGUUCUUUUUUAUUUUUAUUUAAAUAAAAACAAUUAUUUAAUUUUUAUUCAUGCAUAUAACAUAGCAGUUUCCACUUCGCCAGCAAAUAUGCAAAUGAUAUAAUAUUGCCAAAGUUCCUGUGCAAAGAAAUGAUUAGUUCAGCACGAAUGAGGCUGCUAAUCUGCGCAACCCUUAUGGUGCAAAAACGAUAGACUUCAGUGUAAAAAAUUCAAAAUUAUUUAUGGGCUUGACCUUGAUGGAUGUUUGAACAAUGUUAUGCUCUGAACACACGUGAAAAUAUGCAACUUUUAUGCAUAUGUUCAACCAGUGGCUAAGUCCUUGCCUUCAAAUAUAUAAGAACAAGGAAGACAACAAUGCCAUUUUCAUGGCCUGUACAAUUCUGGUUUUUGGCAAAAUAAAUUGCCCCAAACCUAUGUAUUCAAGUGCCUAAUUUUGUGGGUAGGUGAGCCGCUUUGUGGAACAUAAAUAAUUUUUGCACACUGUGCUAGACUUCCAGAGAGGCGCCAGCUGGCUUAGUGUGAAUUAACUCUUGCAAAGUGAUGAUUAAACAGAAUGCAAGUUAAGAAAGGAUGGAAGGGGAAAGUUUGCAUUUUUUUUGAUGACAUAACACUAUGUCACUUGACUGAAUACGAUUGCCGUACGCAGGCUUCACUCAGAAAUAUUCAGUAGUUAAUACAAUGUGGGGAAACAUUUCCACUGGGCUUUGUGGCAGCUACUUGACAUUAGCAUUUCAUCUUUGUACAUAAGUGUUUGACUGUUGUGCAAGGCCUCUUGCAGAACUCCCAUUUACCUCAGCAGUUCUUGAGCAAGGGCUGCUUCUGGCAGCGUGUGUCUGUGGGCGUGCGCGUGCAUCAUACGCAGAGUUUUAACUAGUCACAGAAAACGGAUAAUAGUUAAAAUCCAGAAGGCUGUUUGGUGAUGUUGUGCGAGAGCAAUGGGGCUUCCUAGGGCUUCCUUCCCCAAAGAAGCUGCCUUAAAAAGUUCAAGUUGCUCCUGAGACUCAGGUGAAAUAUCAGCAGUGACUUCUGUGCUGGCAAAAACGAGCAGCGCCUUGUAGUUUUACAAAGAACUUUUCUGGAUUCCUUCCAAGUAACGCAUUCAGCAAAUUUUGUGCCGCCAUAUAAAUUUGUACCACCCAGUUCUUUUCACUCUGUCGUUUAAAUGUGUAUCAGUUGAAGCCAGUAACUCCAGUUUCCAUCAUUAGCAUUUAAUUUUCACAUCAAUAGUACUUCUAGUCUGUGUAUUGGCUCUCGUCACUUAAAUUACAUACAGUAGUCAGGAUUUCUUUUUGCAGUUCAUUCCAUGGUCUGUGUGAAAUAUCUUGGCCUCGUGUUCACUGUUGGGCACCUCCCAUUGCACGGUUGUGAAAUGGAUGAGGCUUGGGUCUCCGUAAACAUCAUUUUUGUAUGCAUAUAUCAUACGAAUUUGUCCUGGAAGGUUGGGCCUAUUUUAUAAAUGGGAAAGUAUGUUAUGACACUGGGCAUUGUCUCGCUAAAGUUGCGUAAAACCUCGUUUCCUGGCAGUACGACUAUUUCCAAAAUGAUUCCCACCCACCCCUCAGAUAGAGUUGUAUUUCUUGUAGCCUCUGUGAAUGCAGAACACUAUGCAAUAAAACCUUCAUGAGAAUUGCAGGCUCAGACUGGAGUUGCAUAAUUAUCCCCCAAGUUAUUUGUUUUGAUGCCACUAUUUCUAUAUGCCGCUCAAUAACUUAUUCACUGUAUAGUCCUCUUUUUUUUAAUGCUGCAUUUGAAGUGUUGUCUUACAAGAUGCUGUCAUUGUAAAUAUUUGUGACACCUUUGUACCUGACUGAAAUCCACAGUGUUCCUGUUCCACAGACUUAAAAUGCUGUAAUUUUUAAAUUCCAGGCUGUUUUUUUAAAAAAUAAUAAUAAAAAAUGCAUUUUCUGUGUUUAACAGAGAGGGA